CAGGCUGUCUUCAUGCGGGUGACAUAUCAACACUACCAUACAGUGGCCCGGCGUGGUUUUGUGAUCUCAGCAGGUGCUCUACAAACACCACUAAACCAUAGUAAACCAAUGGUUCUCAUGUAAGGGGUUCUGAAUGGUUCUGGUUCUGCUAUGAUUCAACAAGCGGUUUUGUCCAAAGGAUGAAUGUGACCAUGUCAUCGUCCUGAAGCUGGCAUUUGGUGGCUGCAUUCGCUGUCCGCCCUUCGCUCCCAUCUCCAGUCUCAAAACGACGCGGCGGCCAGACGUCGCUUUUUCGCGAUGUCGUGACCUCCCGACACCGUCGUUGUCACCCUUCGCACGGUUCCGCGCUAUGACGAUCGUCUUGGGGGAGACUUGGGGUGACCAGCUCCGGGCCUAUGAAAGGGAGAAGAGGUAUGAAGUGGAUGCUGGCUUGGUCAGUGGUCAGCCCUUGCGGCUUCUCCCUGGCAUGUUUCAGGCCCAGGAGCGCACCUAUGACCCUGUUCUGGGCCGCUAUCGCGACGGCGCGGUGGAGGGUACACAGAGGCAUGCGGAGGAGCGAGAGCGAGUGGCACAUCUGAACCGUGCCAGGGACAUCCAGAUCCUGCGGGAGCAGCCUUUCAACAUCCUCAGUCAAGAGUCCAAGCUGGAUAAACUGGCACCUGGAAAAGAUCCCAUGCGCUUGGGGGGCCAUGGUACUCUGGGCGAGAAGGAGCGCACCAAGGAGGGCAAAGGCAACUUUCCUGACACCGCAGUGGACUACAAUAUCCUCUCCAACCUGCCCUUCAAGGAACAGCAUUGGGCCAAGGAAGAUAGCCGCCCACGGAUGAAGGAGAAGUCUCCCCGGGUCAGGAGGAUACCUGCAUUUCUUUGCAAGGACUUUGACAUAGUGACCAACAGGUAUUUGGACAAUCAUUCGGAGAAGCUGCGCCAAGAGAAGCGAGUGAACCUCUUGGAGGCCACCGAGAAGCAUAUGGCGAAGAACGGCUUCGAUCCCCUGACCGGGAAGUUCUGCGAUCCAAAGGUGGAGGAGAGGGUGCAGAGAAUCGACGAUGCGCGGGAGGUGGAGAUUCACCUGCGCGGAGAAGCCAGGUACCCUCCAUCCUACAAAGGUCGCGAAAGUACGGCCUAUGGGAUCCUUUCCCAUGAGACGUACAAUCCGGAGAUGCUCCGGCUCUACGACACGAAGGAGAAGGAGCGCACUGGCCGCUUCAAGAAUCGCUACAUUGUGGACCACAACUUCCACGCACAGGAUCUCAAGGGCGACCACAUCCGCGAGCUCCGUCAGCUGAACCGCGUGGCCCCGGAGCGCUAUGAAGAGCAGAGAAGACGAGGCUACGACAUCAUCGACGGCCGAGGCUAUGGCCCCGGUGCCAAGGAGAAGCACUUGCAUGAUGCCUUUCCACGGAAAAGGCAAACACCUUGGGAGAAGGCAACUGUGAAUCUCGAUGCCAUGCACGGCUCCUUUUCGAGUGCGUCUUUGCCCCUCCCUGGGACAGAGGUGAAGACCCUUCGCCCUUCAGCGCUGCUCCCCUCCAGUAGCGCCCCGGAGCUGCAUGAGCUCUCGCAGCGCGGUCCACCGCGGUCCACCGCGCCCUCGGUCCGUAGUGGCCAUGCACGGUCGCAGCGGUCGGGCCGUUCCCAGCGAUCUGGGUCCAUUGCCAGCUCGCGCGCGGCAAGCCACUCGGCCUACCGCGCCGUGUCCCAGCGCGAGGCGACGCCCUUUGCGGCGGUGGCGCCGCCCGCGCCGGCUGCAGUGCCAGGGUCACCGGCGAAGUCCUCAGCCUAUGCUCGCUGAGAGGGCCAGCAGAGGUUAUUUUGUUGCAGGAUGACGCUCGGCAAAUAGAUGUUCACGUG